CACUUGUACUCUACCAGUUACGCCACACACGACGCCACUACUUAGAUUGCUAGUCGUUGGAUGUCAUCCUAAAUUAAAACAUUGGGUGACACAUGUGGAGUCAUGUGUUGCCAUCAUGAUGCGUUAUCUUUCGGGCACGUGGUAUGGCCAAUUUGGCUAACUGCGUGAAGACCAUUCUAACCUCAGGCUAGCACAUAAUCGUUAGUAGGAAGACACUUGUCAAUAGCAAUCCCUUGUGGGCUUUAAAACACUGGCCAUGGGCAAACUAUCAACCUUUGCAGCGCUCAAAGUGUUGUUUGCCCGUAUCAGAAUCCCCAAAUGUCUCCGCUGACGAACAUUAAGGCCCACUGCUCCACCCGUAAUGUGUUUUUCGUUAAUUCUAGGGAUUGCAAACUUGUGCACUUUGAUAGUGUAGUGCCUGCAUCGCGUUUUCCUUCACCCACGCACUAAAAUCUUCUACCUGUGAUAGAUUUCAUGUAGUUGUUAUCCCCCCAUGAGUCCCCUGAAGUAAGUGUUGUGAAACGCGUACAGGUACCCGACGCAAAAUCUCAUCUCAGCGAGGAUCACGCCUCAAACUUGCCGACAAUGUGAGCGAUAGAAGCGACCUGAGCCUGCUUCGCUCGCCGUGGUUACGAGAAAUGUUCUUGUGCAUUUUUCUCCGCCAGCAAAUUGACUGGAGCUUAUAUCUGUACGUCACCCUUGCACGUAUGCAUGAUUCCGUUUCAUUUACUCGUCUGGUCUAGAGUGCAAACUGAAAUCCGCUGAAACUAGUGUCAACAAUAUCAUUUUUCUGGACAAAUCCACAUCUGCUUCAGGGUCCUUGGUAACAAGUAUUGUAUUUCCUUACAUAAAAUACUUAAAUGCACCCAAAUAUGGAAUGAUUCUAAAUGUAAGUCCUCUACGCUAAUAUUUCACGCCAACUUAAGUAACAGGUGAGAUGUUUUUAAAGGUUCAAUGACCUCUUUAUUAUGCAUUUCUCGCCUCGCUCUUAUAUUUUCAAUCUACAAUAUAUUCCUCUAAUGCCAGAGUUAAUAUACUUAAAUUCUUUUCAUUGUCCUCGAUAUUCAACUGCGCAAGAACAAGUAAAAGCAACCAUGUAAGAAGAUUAUGUGAAGUAGAUUAUGUGAAGUAGAUUUCCGGAGCACAUUCAUCUCCGAAGAAAAGUAAGAGUUAUGGUUACCUUUAACAUUCCGUGCAAAGGGAAGGGUGAGCUUUACAAAGUAUCCCGGAUCGCAAACGAUUUGAUAUAUUGGCAUACGUUUUUGCAAGGUAAACCUUUCUUGUCUCAAGUGCCGCUCACCUAUAAGCGAAUAAUUCCGCUCGUGACGUGUGUAAGUUGAGCACUACGUGCGCAGGUUCCGCAAAGAACGCGGCAAUAACGUGUGUCUGGGGAGCGCAAGUCAACUGUACAGGGGUGGCAACCGUCGACAUAGUCUGGUGCGCAGAGCUGAGCCUGAACAUAAUAGAUGUCGACGUCACACAAAAACUGGGCUAGAAAAGCAGGAACUUUCCUCAGGGGCUGCCAGACUGACUGUGUGAAGCGACUGUGGGAUACACGUCCUCUACUCGUACAACGGUGUGAAAGAACAGGUAGGUGCGAACAUCAGCGCGGCGGGUGAAGGCGCAGCGAUGGGAGCCAGCGGGCCGCACACCACGCUGCCGGCCGUGACAACAGGAGGCCCCUGGAAUUUCAGCACCACGAACAGCACCACGCCUGGCGGGGAUGUGCCUGACAAGGUCCUGCACAUCCUGCUGCCGGUUCUGUACUCCAUUAUAUGUUGUAUCGGACUAACAGGGAACACGAUUGUCAUUUACGUCGUUGCCCGCAUGUCCCGCGCGCGAACAGUGGCCAACAGCUACAUUCUAAACCUCGCCAUCGCGGACGAGCUGCUCCUGCUGUCCAUGCCUUUCAUCUGCGUCAUGUACGUGACCUUGGACUGGCCCUUCGGCCCGGUCAUGUGCAAGCUGGUGCUUACCGCAGAUACCGUCAACCAGUUUGCCAGCGCCUUCUGUCUCACCGCCAUGAGCAUCGACAGGUACCAGGCGGUGGUCCACCCCAUGACGUCCCGAGGGUACCGCACCAUCCGCCGCGCUGUCCUCAUCAACGUGGCCAUCUGGAUCCUGGCUCUCGUGGUCGUGUCGCCCUCCUUAGUAUUCACGGGUCUGCACGAGUCGGAGGGAAAUGUCUACUGCAACAUGCUCUGGCCCGAGCCCGCGGAGGCCUGGGGGGUGGCCUUCAUCGCCUACAGCAGCCUCCUCGGCUGCGCGGUACCGCUGACCAUCAUCACCGUGUGUGCCGUCUUCAUUGUCCGCUCGUUCCGCCGCCAUCGCCACAGCAAGAGGAGAGGCCAGGCCCGGGACUCCCGGCAGAUCUUCCGCAACCGUGAGCGGACCAUCACGCGAGUCGUCUUCGCCGUGGUCGUCACCUUCUUCGUCUGCGUGUUGCCCUUCUACAUCUUCAACAUCGUCAACCUAGUGUCCACCAUGCCCAUCUCGCAGCACAACAAGUGGCUCUUCCACUUCGUCGCGUCGAUGUCUUACGGGAACAGCUGCCUGAACCCGCUCAUCUACAUCGGGCUGAACAGCCACUGCAGGAAGAACGUGUGGGAGCUGUGCUGCUCCUGGACAGGGCUGGACACCUCCCGCAGCACGGGCCUGGUGCAGGUCACCUCCAUCCGCCUCAGCUCGCUCUCCCGCGCACAGAGUGACCGGCGGUAACGCUCACGCCACCAGACGAGGCCAUGAGACCCAUGAACAAACCUACUUGACUUGCUUGACGGUAAAAAUGCUAAAUUGUUUUCACAAACCCGCACCCCCAGACAUUAUAUAAGUGUGUGUAAUGCAGCCAAGUGUGAUAAAAUCAUCUUAGGAAAUACUUCAGGAUGUACUCAUGUAAGUAUUUUCACCUUAGUUUGACCAGGGUCUCAAACUUAAUUACAAAACAUCAACUUUCGUCUUUAUGCGCACGCAAUGUGCCGCAGAUCGAAGUUCUAGUUUAUGGGAACCUCUUUGCAGAGAAUGUUAUCAAUUUUUACGAUUUAUGUUAUCUCUUGCUAGAUAUGUCUCAAAAUGUCGAACGCUGUGGAUCAGCUUCAUUGUGUAUUCACAAAAGAUGCUAUUUUUGGACGUUCUGUAGGGUGUAAGUAUGAGUAAUGUCGUUAUGUUUCUGAUAAGAAUGGAGUCUUUAUGGAUCACUCUAUUGCCCCAUGCGAGCAAAAUAGCACCGUAGCACACAUUACAUGUGUGAGAUAGUAUUUUUUAACGAUUCUCUCAGAAGUCGAUAUGCAUCUUAGAUAGUAGUGAACGAUGUACUACGUGUAUGUACUUGGAGACUCAAUAUAGCUAUAAUCGGAGAUCAGAAUACACACAUGUACCCAAGACAAAAGAUAUACUGUGAAGGAACAACGCGAAAACGCAUGAAACCAUUCACCUGUUUGUCAAGUAAAUGUGUGCUGCUAAAAUGGCUCACACAAAUAUUCUAGCUGUAGAUAAUAGAACGGUUACUAAAAGGGUGUUGCUU